CGGCACCGCAGCCUCCACCUCGUGCAUUUGUUUGCCGGCCUUCCGCCAGUCGAGUGUCGGCGCGUUCUUGCGGCGCGAUCUCGGACCCGAAAAUGAAAAUGUAACACAAACUCGAAGAAUGUGAAGUGCGAACGUGAGUGAGAAUGCAGUGUUGAGAGUGAAAAUGCCUUUCGUGCAGCGCGUCGUCGAACCCAAGUACCUCAGCCGCACCAGCCUCUGGGACGAAGACGGCCGGCCCCUGGUCAGCGAUGACGAGCUGGAGGCCGUCACCAACAACACCCUCAGCAACGCUCUGCGCCAGCUGGCGUCCUUGGUGCUGGUGGCCGACGACAUCUUCCUCGAGCUGGGCGACCAGCUCAAGGAGAUCAACAAGAGGUCGGAGGGCCUGAGGGCGAAGAUCGAGGCCGUGGAAGGGAGGGUGGCGGCCUACGAUCCCAAGAAGGUUACAGUUCCUGAAAGCGACAUUUGCACUUUCGCCGUCCUCAAACACCACUUCGCUGCCAAAAGUAUCCCCCAGACCAACCUCUUCACUGCCGAAACGCGCCCGAGGGCUCUGCAGACGCUGUACGAGUCCGCCACCAAGACCCCGGUGCACCUCAUGCGUCAGCUGGACCGGUGGCGUCGCGACGGUCACCGUUCGUCGCGCUUCUUCCUCUGCACGCCCGUGCUGGGGAACAAGAGACGCAAGAUCAGGAGCAAGGUGGACAUUGACAUCGAGACUCGCAUGCCCGACGCCGUCAAGGAGCUGCGCCGAUGGACGUCCAGCGAGGCCCUGGGCGACAUAACCGUCACCCCCGACUGCCCCAACCGAAUCGCCCCCAACUUCACCCUCACGGACGGAGAGGCCACCGACGGGACGGCGGUGUCCGACGACGAAGGCAUUGACCAUAAGCUGCCGUCGCCCGAGGAGCAGCUUCAAGUGGUCGCGCUCAAGUUUCCUGCUGAAAUCGUGGCGGUGGACGUUUCAGGGCGGAGCUUCGAUCGGAUGUCGGUACAGAGAAGGUCCCUGCUGCAGACCGAAGUCAGCACGAAGUUGGAGGACCCGAAUCUGAAGAGGAGGACGCGGGCGCGCAGGCCGAGGAGCCGGAGAAGGAACACGCUGGCGGGGACCGACCAGAAGGAGAUCCGGGACGCCUUGAUCGCCGGGGAGGAGCCAUGCUCUUCAGCUAAUAAUGAGACUGAAUCCACGCCUAUCGGUGCUGUAAGUCGCAGUAAAAGCAGCGACCUUUUGCGUUCGUCAAACAAAAAAGACUCCCCAGACAAAAAAUCACACUUUAACACACUCAAACAAUGGGGCAAGAACCGCUACGACCGCCUGAUGAACAAGACCUCGGACAAGAAGGACGACAUCGACGACUUCAACAUCUACGAGACGGUCACGACGAAGCGCAAAGACCGGCGCUCGCACGAGCGCAACCCUUCGAUCUCGUCCUCGGACAAGUCGAGCGUGAACCUGCCGAUGUCCAGCCCGCUGUCGUCGGUGAUGAACAUCGCGGUGAAGCUGCGGGAGAGCUCGGCGCAGCGGCGCCAGAGACGCUCGGGAGGGAGCAAAGACGAGCCGCCGCACUCCUCGAGCGGGAACUGGAGCGCGAGCUCGGAGAGCGGCCGGGCGUCGAUCGGGUCGGAGUUCACUAGCACGACGCAACCCAAGUCGACGACGUCCACAGCGACGUCGAGCAACUCGUUGAACCAGCAGGUACCGAAUUCGAGUGGGAGCAAGCGGAGGUUCCAGGUGAACACGUCGACUUCGAGUAGUAUUACGAGCGAGGGGACGCUCACUCCGGAUAUAAUCCACGAUCUGCACGAAGAUGGGGAGACGAGUUCGGUGUAUUCGUGCGAUACGGAAGGGUACUACACGUCGUUUCACGUGGAUAGUGGGUUGAAGACGCUCAAGGAGGAGGAUCUGCCUUGUACCCCGUUACAUUCCACGUCGGCGUUCUCCUCUAGUUCGAAUAACACGGUACUAACGGCUGAGAACGAGUACGAGUUGUUUGGGAAAGGGUCUACUAGUACUACGACGAGUUCGGCGGGGACGGUCUGCACGACUUUGAGAGCGUCCGAGAGUAAUCGGUCCUUGAAUGGGUGUCCGGUGGUUCCGGAACGCAAAAGCUCCUUGUCUAAGUUGGGUCAUAAGGACAAAUCGCCUGAAAGCUCGCUCGACGAUAGUGAUAAAACUGGAACUGUGAAGCGAAGUCCGGCUACUAAGGUGGUCGCCAUCGUCCAUAAGCAAGUAGACGGUGACGUAUCCCCAGAUAGUGGUCAUAAUACCUCUAGCUCGCCGAUCGAGUCCACCUCCAGCCCCAACGGGGUCAGAAGCGGGUCAGAAUUCGAGUUUUCCGAAUCUUCCGACAUGGAAGGUCCUGAAAGAACGGAAAGGAUCCGCAUUAAAACGACCAUCAACUCCAGCCGAAUCCCGUCGAUGUGUGUGAUCACGCCUCCGCACAGCGACGACGAGAGUGUGAAGAGUUGCAACCUGAACAACUUCAACCGACGCAACUUGGCAGAGAAAGGUAGCAAGAAUGCGGAGAGGAGCAAGCUGGAUUUGAACCUCAAGACGAGCGAAAACGAAGCGAUGGAGUCGUACGGGAGCAAGGUCCAGGUCAUCACUGUGAACCCUCAGUCGGGAUACGCCACCGUGGAGGUGGUAGACGCGAACAAGAACGUGAAGAUGUUGCGGGCACCCUCCCCGAGUGGCGGCACAGUAAUAAUCAACGAAAACCCUCUGGGAAAGUCACCCACGCAACCCAUAAUCAAAGCAACUUUGAUGCCUUUGAAUAACAUGUUCGGGAAAAUUCGGACCAACUUGGCUAAUCUGACGCGGAGGGACAGCAAAUCCCCGAAUCGUCACACUCCAACUGGGGACGAUCUCCACGAUGUCGGAGACUAUGUGACCUUGGCAGACGUCCGGAACAACAACGAAAAACGAGGACCUUUUGCUAAAGAGGAGAUUUACGCCAACGACGUGGUCAGAACUGACCCCAAACCUCUGAGUGACGGUCCUAAAGCUCAAACCGAGUACGUUUCUCUGGACGAACUACCCCGAAUCGAAGACCCGAAAACUGAAGACCCUGGCGAUUCGCUCGAGCGGAAGAGGCGCCAAGGGGCAAGAGUGACCCUCGACGCUGAGGGUAAAGUCGUCUACAGCUCCGACAGUCUUCGUCGGAGAAAGGGGGCUCAUACUACGUUCGAGCCCGGCCCUUUCGUCAAGCUCGGGUCCAGCCCGAGCCAGAGCCCCUUGCCGGCCCACCGCGCCCCCAAGCCCGGGAAGCUCGUGAUCCGCGCCGCCGGGAUGGAGAUCGUGCGCGUGCCGUCGGCCGUCGUGGCCCCCACGUCCCCGAAGGGCGUCGGCGGGCGCGGCGCCUACGUGCACGUGCAGGACCCUGGAGCGCCGCCGCCCGGUCAGGACAAAGACCGAGUGCCCUCACCAUCUAACUAUCCAGGAGGCCACGCACCUCUCCAGUACAAAGACAUGUGUUAUAGAGGCGACGCGAGGAGGUUCGAGAAUCAGUAUUAUUUCCAAAAAGGGGGCUCCAGUUAUCAGACGCUUCCGUCGAAACGAACGCAGUUCUUCCAAGAGAUUAACCCCGAGAGGUCGGUCACUCCGGACAUCACGAGGGGAUUAGAGCGCAAUUCCAAGAAUAUCUACUCGUAUCCGCACGAGAAUUUACUCCACCAGAGGUUGGGCAUCCCGGUGAAAAUCCCGGACGUGAGCAAUUUCAAAUUACCACAGCACAAAGUGCCUUAUGAAGACAAACCCGACUCGUAUUUUGCCCACAUUUCGCCCCACAAAGUCGCGGAUACCAGCAGCGACUCGAUCAAGAUUUCGCCGAUCGACCCCCGGAACUCCGGUGGAUUCCAGUCGUCGACGCCGUCAACCAAAACCGCCGUCAACCUGGAAAGUCGGCUCCUAUCCCCGAAAAAGUCCACCAUGAGUAACGAAGAAUUGUACGCGGUGAUUCAUAAAAGUAAGAAGAAGAUGAACAUCACCACCGACGAAAAUCGGGCGUCGCCGGUUAACGUGAACGUGGAGGUGAGAACGCCGCCCCCGGUCAAGUCCCCCGAAACGGGCUACAUCGGCGACAAAUCCAGAUCUAGAUUGAGCUGGUCACCCACCAAAGGCGACUACGUCGACUUCAACGCCGACAUCGACAAACUCUCGCCCCCCAACGAAUCUAGAUCUAGAUCUAGUUGGGCUUGUAGCGACAGGAAGGGUUCCAGUCAAACAUCACGCUUAGAUUUUAAGAAACUCCUUUUACAAAAAAGUAACGUACUAGCUAGCAACACCAAAAAAUUAUCAGCUGUGGAGCAACUCAAGCUGUCUAAAGAGCAGAUUCAAAAACCCGCUCAAACUCCGUUGAAUAUUUUAGAGCUGAGCGGAUCGCCUAGGAGUCUCGUUAAUCGCAAAUUCAACAACGGGCAGAGUUCCCCUAGAGCGACGCCGGAGAAGCCUAAACCUGCCCCUAAAUUGUUGUCGCCGAGGUCGCAGUGGAGAUUCGCCAACCCCAGAAGCGACGUUCUCUCAUCUACAAUACUGGAAGAUUGUAGAGAAGACGAGAGCCCUAGUAACUCUAUAGAGAAAAAAAAGUCCGUCAGAAGUAACACCCCUACGGGUGAACCUCAACCGUAUUCGUCCAUUUCCCAGCGGCUGCAGGCUCAAAGAGCCCAGUUUUUUACAACCGGAGCCCCAGAUGUACAAUCAAAACCAGUGAAAAGUAGUCAAUUUGAAAAUUUACAAAGUAAAGAGAAAUGCUCAGUGCCACCCACCCUCGAAACGGCGUUCUAAUGCUUGAAUAUUACUUUGUACAUAGAUUUACUCUAUCAUUUUUGAUGCUCUUUAAUUUAUUUAUCACUGUCUAGUCGACACGCCAUUAGGUACUUUUUUAUAUAUUAUUAUUAUACUAUUCUAUAAGAUACUUUACACCAUCCAGAUACAAUUCGUACUGUACAAAUAAAUAUCUUCUGUAGAUACAUAAGGUGAGGCUUUCUGAUCAAGGUUUUGUUAAUCCAGUUAUAAAUUAUUAUAAAUUUUAAUAUAUUGGAUUUGUAAAUAAAA